AUGUUACUAGAGGACCUAGAGGAGGCUCUGAGUCACCUCCAACGUCGUGAUCGGCACCCGGGGGCGGACGUGACUUAUUCCUUGACUUUAGGUGACUUUAAUGCAAAAGUUGGCAGUAAGAUCGAAACCGAAUCCUCUCUCGGUUGCCAUGGCGUUGGAGUCCGUAAUAACCGUGGGGUAACCUUUUUGAGUUCUGCGAGGCGAAUAGGCUGAGGAUCUGGAACACCUUUUUCAAAAAGCGUGUUAAGAGAAAGUGGUCCUGGAAAUCUCCCGAUGGCAUCACACACAAUUCAAUAGACUACGUCAUCGCGGACCGUCGUUGCCCGAUCUACGACGUCGAUGUUAUUGCCAAUUUCCAGUAUAUCACCGACCACCGCCUCAUACGAGCAAAAAUGAAGCUGAGCUCACGUCACGUGAAUAAACGCGCCACCUCUAAGCGUGUUUUUCACAAAUCUCUCUUCGCGUAUGCCGUCGAACAAAUAUCCAACGAACACAGACCACAUACGUAUGAAAGAUUGAGAAACGUUAUGAGCAGAGCUUCAAAAGUUGCAACGACUUACGAACCGAUCCCUUGUCGGUUCUCCACGAAGACUCAAGGGCUCUUUCAAGAAACGUCAUCUCCUUAUGUCGAAAAACCAACACGCCUUCUGGUCGACUCGAGUUCUGCUUAACUAACAAAGCACUCCGCAUCUCGAUAAAGGAUGACAUUGAAAGAAGACGUCACUCGAAGAUUGACAAUGCCAUUGAAAAACAUCGAAGCGUUCUAAAGGUUAUGAAAGAAAGCCAAGUCUGUUCAACCGCUCUGACGCAACCCCAACGAGAAGAUGGAACGAUUGCUGCGUCAAAGAAGAUGUCGCGGAAACUGUUCAGCAGUUCUAUAAUACUCUACACCUCGUUGGACAGUUCUCCAGCCCUGGUCUUACCAUCGCAAGAAGACUUCCCUCCGAUACUGGCUGACAAAGUUCGUGCGGCGUUGAAGAAAGCCAAAAAGAAACAAAAGCUUCUGGGCCGGAUAUGGUCACUCAGGAGAUGCUUCGCGUGUGAAGACAUCGUCGUUCCACACCUAGUGACGAUCUUCAACGAAAGCCUCGUAAAUGAAAGAGCUCCACAUUCAAGGCCGGACUCUGUCGUGCGACUGCUACACAAGAAAGGAAACUGCCUAGACAUAGGAAACUACCGCCCAGUAGCACUACUGUCCGUCGUGUACAAACUGUUCACCUCGAUACUUCGAAGAAGAGCUACGCGUGAACUGGAAGCUGCUCAACCCAUAGAGCAAACUGGUUUCCGAUCUGGAUUUCGACGGCAGAAAACACCCUGGUCGUGACCGAGAUGAUCCAGAAGUCUCAGAAAUACAAAUUCCCCUUGUACCUGAUGUUCGUCGACUACAAGAAAGCUUUCGAUUCUGUGGAGUUCGGUUCUCUCUGGACGGCUCUCAGCGAGUGUGGAGUUCAUUCUGAAGAUUGA